GAGAGGGGGGAAAAAAAAGAAAAAGAAAUCUAUAAGAGCCAAUUUUCAGCACAAGUUUCUUAGCGCUUUCCCAUCAAAUCCUUCGUCCCGAUUCAAUUCAAUUCCAGUUCUACCCAUUCCUUCUCGUGCCGAAGAUAGAAUUUCCAAUACCCAGAAGGAGAAUCCAUCUCUUUCAAUCGCUAUUUCAAUUUCCCAAUUCAAAUUGAUCUCAAACUCUUCCUCUUCCUCUUCCAAUUCAAUCUCUUCUGUCCAUAGAAUCAUCCCUGGUUGUUUCUGAUCAAUCUCCUCGAGUCGACGACGGUCUUCAUCGCUGCUAAUGGGGUUCGAUCGAGAAGCCGGUUGUUCGUCCAAUUGCCUCCGAUCUCCGGUGUCGAGGGAGGAUACGCCCCUUCUCGGCAGCGCCAAGCCUCUGUCUUCGCAACCCAAGACUUUUGCAAACGUUUUUAUCGCGAUCGUUGGGGCCGGCGUUCUGGGGCUUCCAUACGCCUUCAAGCGCACCGGGUGGCUCAUGAGCCUUCUCAUGCUCUUUUCCGUCGCCUUCUUAACCUAUUACUGUAUGAUGCUCCUCGUCUUCACUCGCCGGAAGAUCGAGUCGGUAAUCGGAUUUUCUAAGAUCAAUUCGUUUGGGGAUUUGGGUUACACUAUUUGCGGUUCGCCUGGGAGGAUUAUUGUUGAUAUUCUGAUUAUUUUGUCGCAAACUGGGUUUUGUAUUGGCUAUUUGAUUUUCAUUGGCAAUACCAUGGCCGAUGUUUUUAAUUCUCCGACCUUCACCGAUUUGAGCCCUAAGAUUUUGGGAUUGGCUCCGAAGGUUGUGUACGUCUGGGGGUGUUUCCCUUUCCAAUUGGGGUUAAACUCGAUUCAGACGCUGACGCAUUUAGCUCCUUUGAGCAUUUUUGCUGAUGUUGUUGAUCUUGCAUCUAUGUUAGUGGUGAUGGUGAAAGAUGUGGGGAUUAUUUUCAAGCAGAGCCCAUCUGUGGAGGCUUUUGGGGGCUUUUCUGUAUUCUUUUAUGGAAUGGGAGUGGCUGUCUACGCCUUUGAAGGAAUUGGAAUGGUGUUGCCUCUUGAAUCAGAGACCGAGGACAAAGAAAAAUUUGGGAGAGUUUUGGGUUUGUCCAUGGGUUUCAUUUCUGUGUUAUAUGGGGCAUUUGGAGUCCUUGGCUACUUUGCUUUUGGCCAAGAAACCAAAGACAUGAUCACGGGCAACUUAGGCCCUGGAUUGGUUAGCACCAUUGUUAAACUGGGUCUGUGUAUAAACCUGUUCUUUACUCUGCCAUUGAUGAUGAACCCAGUUUAUGAGAUUGUAGAGAGGCGAUUCUGGGGAGGAAGAUACUGCCUCUGGUUGAGAUGGCUGCUGGUUUUCUUGGUGAGUUUGGUGGCACUUUUGGUCCCAAACUUCGCUGAUUUCUUGUCCUUGGUUGGAAGUGCUGUGUGCUGUGCUUUGGCAUUUGUGUUGCCUGCCCUGUUCCAUUUCCUGGUUUUCAAAGAGGAAUUGGAUCUCAAAGGAUGGUGUUUGGAUAUUGGCAUUCUGGUGUUGGGGCUUGUCCUUGGAGUUUCUGGGACCUGGUCUGCUCUGCUGGAGAUUUUCUCUGUUAAGGUAUGAAUAUUCAAAACCGUUGCGAAUGUGGAUGUCCAAUGUGCAUAUUCUCUGAAGUUUAUAUGAAAAUUAGAAUGGUAUUGUCCUGAUAAUGUGUGAUUCAAUAGAGUAGUAGAUAGAUAAAAUAAGAGUUGAGGGGUUGUGUACUGUCUUUUCUGUGGACUCUAAUUUGAUUUUGUGAAGUUAAGAGUGGAAUUCAAAAGAUCAUUUGGUGUUAUAUUGGAAGGAUUCUUACUUUUUGGAGAAUAAUUGCAUUGCAUUACAUAUUGUGGUGGAUAAGUUGUUUGGAUUUGAUAUCAUAAUGAAUGGCAAUUGCUAUCUUAUCUUACUGCA